UCUUGUCGCUCUGCGUUCUGCAGCCGGCGCGGAGGAGAGGCCAGCCCCCGGCAGGCGUCCCGGCAUGCUGAAAGUCACCAUGCCCUCCUCAUCCUCAUCCUCCUCGUCCUCCUCAUCUUCCUCCUCCGGCUCCUCGGCCGCCAGCCACCCCGGCUCCGCCGCGCCCGACUACUGGAUCGAUGGCUCCAACAAGGACACCCUGGCUCACUACUUCGAGCUGGAGUCCGAGCUGGGACGUGGGGCUACAUCCAUUGUCUACAGAUGCAGGCAGAAAGGGACCCAGAAACCUUACGCCGUCAAAAUGUUGAAGAAGACAGUAGACAAGAAAAUUAUUCGCACUGAAAUUGGAGUUCUUCUUCGCCUGUCACAUCCCAACAUUAUAAAACUGAAGGAGAUAUUUGAGACCCCUACAGAAAUCAGUCUAGUUCUGGAACUGGUUACUGGUGGAGAACUAUUUGACAGGAUUGUGGAAAAGGGGUAUUACAGUGAACGAGAUGCUGCUGAUGCUGUCAAACAAAUCCUGGAGGCAGUUUCUUAUCUGCAUGCAAAUGGGAUUGUGCAUCGAGACUUGAAGCCAGAAAAUCUACUCUAUGCAACACCAGCACCAGAUGCACCAUUAAAAAUCGCUGACUUUGGACUUUCCAAGAUUGUGGAAGAUCAUGUGACCAUGAAGACAGUUUGUGGAACUCCAGGGUACUGUGCACCAGAGAUACUACGGGGAUGUGCCUAUGGCCCUGAAGUGGACAUGUGGUCCUUGGGGAUUAUCACCUACAUCCUACUUUGUGGCUUUGAACCAUUUUAUGAUGAAAGGGGAGAUCAGUAUAUGUUUAAGAGGAUCCUGAGCUGUGAAUAUGACUUUGUGUCCCCCUGGUGGGAUGAUGUGUCUCUGAAUGCCAAGGAUUUAGUUAAAAAGUUGAUUGUUUUAGACCCCAAGAAACGCCUCACCACUCUACAGGCUUUGCAGCACCCAUGGGUCACAGGGAAGGCAAUAAACUUUGCACAUAUGGACAACGCACAAAAGAAACUUCAAGAAUUCAAUGCCCGGCGUAAACUUAAGGCCGCCGUGAAAGCCGUGGUGGCCUCCACGCGCCUCGGCAGUGCCAGCACCCACAGCGCCCACGACGGCCACAAGCCCAGCCACAGCACCCACGACACCCAGCCCGAGGAGAAACCCACUCAGGAAGCGGCAGCAGCGGCAACAGCAGCGGUUCCAGAAGAAAUGCCUUAGGUGGAUGUUGCUGAUGCCAGCAGAGAUGUGUCAUUUCAUACACCAGCUACCUUGUCACCCAGCGAGACAGUAAGCUUGGCCUCUCUGGUUCUGCUUCGGGGCGCCACAGGCCCUGCCUGGUGAUCCUACCUUCAGUGCAUGUGACUGCUUAUGGAAGUAGUAAACUGUACCGCUAGGCAUGUCAUGGAAACAGUGUCAUUUGCAGUAAUACCGGCAGGUGAAAACAUGGGGAUUACUAACUACCUACCACAAUAUGUAUUCUUCAUCUAUCAGUGUUCCUAGGUGGCAUUUGAAACAAAAUGCUGUUUUGUUUGGUUUUAUGGAAGUAGGUGUCUUAUCUAUGUUGAGUUUCUUUGAACUGUUUCCUUCCAGAUUCAUAGUCCUUCAGCAAACAAAAUGGAAGGAAAUAUCAAACCAAUGCUUUUAAAACUUAUGCAUGAAAUAAUUUAUUUUAUCUGUAAUACUGAAAAGUUAUUUGGGGAUUUACAUGCAAAAAAAAAAAAAAAAAAACCAACAAAAUAACAUUCCAGUACUUCUGAGAAGAAAUUGAAAUGGUAGUUCAACUGGGCAUGAAAACAUACAUCGUGCAAGCUUGCAUUGAGAAUGCCUUAUUCUGACUUUUCCUGUUUAUAUACAGUAUUUUAAUAACAACAAAAAUUACUCAGAUUUCUGCCAUUCCAUUCCACAGUAAAGUGUUAGCAAAAGAAAACCAUAGACUUAACAAGGAUUAAGGAGUACAUGCAAAUUUUUGGCAUACCAUUAUAUUUAUUCAUUAAAAUUCUAAUCUGCAGCUAGAAGACAUUUUAUAGGCCCUACAGGAAUAAUCUGCAUUUAAAUAAGUUGUAUGUGCUUGAAGGAAGCUAUGCCACAACUUACUGAUUUUGCUUUGGGGAAACACUCUUAUGCAAGGUCUGGGAGCAAGCAGUAUAAUCUAGUGGGUUCCUGUGUAGUUUAACCUCAUGAGUGAGUAGUUUCCACUUGUAAUUAGCCCACAUUUUCCUAACAAAGGACCCCUCCUGUAAAGUGAUCUACCAGCACCAAUCUUGCAUCCGCCCAGGGGUAUUCUUGAGUUAGCAGCUGUGUGCAUCAAUCAGCUUGCAAAAAUAGGGUCAGGCUCUUCAGCUAUCUUGAUGUUUUUGUUGAAUGUGAUUGAUAGGAACUGAAAAACUAAUGUGCAUCAGUGUGUAUGACCACUUACACUUGUUUGUUAUCUAUUUGAAAGCAUGUGACUAUUGUACUGAUAUAUUACAAAAAUGUCAAAAAGAACCUGAUGUACAAAAAUGUUAUUUGUGCUUGUUAAACUUUUUAAUACUGAUAGUUACCUACCAUCCUAAUACAAUCAUCAUUCCUCUUUUGCUUUAAUGUUUUCAUGUUGUUGUUAGGCCUUGCACAACUUGCCUUGAAAAAGUAUAGCAGCUACUGAAAAAACCAAGACUUUAAUAAAACAUUCAAUAACUACAUUUCCUGAUGAAAUUAAAGGGUAAUACAAUGUUAUUCGUAUGGUAGAUUUAAUAAAUAAAAUGUGCUCUAAAUUAAUAUAUAAAGGAGGAUUAAAGAUCCUGUCUUUACUGUGUGAAAAUGCAUGCUAAUGAAUCUAUUAUACUUGAGAUUUUUU